AUGCGCGAAUGCCGCUUCGCAAUUCAGCGGUAUCAAGUUAUUGAGGGCCUGCGGGAACGGCGCAAAAGCCUUGUUAUAAUAUCGCAGUGCUGUGUCAACAUAUCCCAACGCAGCAGCUGGUGCAUUCUCAUCGUCGACUAUGGUGGUGGCGCGAUACAGCGCAGCUACUGCAAACACGCCAUUCAACAAAAAUUCAUGGCUGAGAGCAUUUUGCGGGAUAACAAUCUUCCAUGCAUAAUAGCCCGAGGGAUCAUUGCAGAGAUUUUCAUGAUUUGCAUGCUGCGUUCAUCGCUGCUACAGGUCCUGUAUGGCAAAGGCUCAGUAUAA